AUGUGCAACGGCAGAAGAGACAUUAAGACGCACCUGGCUGACCGCAGCGGCAGCUUCUGGUCCGGCUUUGUGGUGGGCGGCGUGGUGUGCGGAACGCUGGGCUUUGUCUUUGCGCCGCAGAUCUCCAAGGCCCUGCUGGGAGACGACGACCGCCUGAAAAUCCGCUGGGAUGAGAGCGACGAUGCCGAGGUGACCAAGCAGAACCUUGCGGACAAGAUUGCCCAGCUGAAUGCCGCCAUCGACGACGUGUCUGCGCAGCUCAACACGCGCGACGCCGUGCUCUCAAAGGAUGAGGUGGUCGCCCAGUAG